AUGGUUCCAACACAAUCUGUCACCAAAUUACAUGAAGAAAAGGAAGGGCAGAGAGAUGAGGAUGGGAAGCGGUGGAUGCACUGUGGGGGAGCAAUGGUGAUUGAAAAGGUGGUGUUGGCGUUGUGUGGUGGUUCAGCAUUUGUGUCUUGCAGCACUAGGUUGGUGAAUGAUGGUGAUGCCAGAGUUAAAGAAACAAAUGAAUAA